UAAACCAAACCAUAAAAAAGCCUACAGCGUGAGCUCAGCGAUCACUAUAAUUCAUACAAUUUCACCGAUAAAUCAUAUCCACACGUCUCAAUCGCCCUGCCAUCAACCGUUUGUGAGCUUGGAAAAUCACAAAGAAUCAGCAAGAAAUGGAGUCUCUGAUUUUGAUUCCAGCAAGUAAACACGUUCCAAUCACAAAUUCUUCUCUAUUUUGCUCCGGUUUCUCCAUUCCAUUCACUUCUAGAAAGCGCGCCAUCAAUUUCCAACCAUGUUGUCCACAGAUUCUUCAUUGCAAUGGCCUUCGACAUGCGCAAGCAACUCCGAGGUCUUAUAUUGGAAAUGGACCGCCGUAUGGUGAGGAAGAUGAUGAUCCUGAACUACAGGUUGAAAGCCUCAGGGUUCCUGAUGAUUGGUCGGUUCCUUCCAAGGCAUUGGAGGAAUCAGAAUGGCUUAGGGCUACCUUGCACAAAUGGUUAGAUGACGAGUACUGUCCAGAGGAAACUAAUGUAGAGAUAAGCAAGGUUGCAGCAAAUUCAUAUUACAAUUCUUUGUUAAAGAAGAGGACAGACCUAGGCGAUAUUUUGUUGAAUAUGGCAAGAGAAUUGGAAUCUAUUUCCUAUAAGGAAAGUUUUCAUGGUGCAUUCUCUUCUGCCAAUGCAGCAGUGAACUUAAUUGCUCAAAGAAUAGAGCUGUCUUAACUGUUUCCUCAACCACUUCAAUUUCCAAAGUAACUAACUAAUUUGUCUCCUUGACUUUUCUUUCUUACGAGUAACUCAUCUGUUGUCAGAUCUAUAUUUCUGGACAAACAAUUCAUGUAUUGCUCUAAUUCUUCACUGUCAAAGCAACUUUCAGCGACUAAGUAUGGAUGUUCCAAACACCAGAUCUUGCACCAUGCCUUUUGCCAGACAGAAUAUGAAGAACAAACGCUAGAGCAAGCAUGCCAAUUAUACAUGCUACUCAUGCAAUUCUGAAGUAAAUCACUGGACGAACAAGGAGGACGAUCAAAUCUACAUUCUACUCAUGCAAGUGUGGAGCGAAUCCCUGGAUGAAAAAAGGGAGGAGGACGAUACGAGCUUAACGAAUCAAUACGCAGGUAUCAGCAUUUUUACUUAUUGUACAACACUACAACUAAGUAUCAAAAUCUAAGCUUGAUUCAGACAUCCUUGGAAUUCUCCAGUGGCCUUAACAGUCUCAUUUAGGAGGAAAUUGUGAUUAUGUUCAUGCUCUAUAGUUGUUCUAGUGAGUUUAUAAACAUAAUGAGGCUCCUUAAUUUUUCUAA